UAAUCGGACAGUAGUAAAAAAAAAAAAUCUGGUUGCCAUGAAUUUCAGCUAGCUAGCCAACGACAACUGUCAUUACACUUUAGUAAAACCAUCCAUGUCAAGACACAAGAGGAAUUGUCGAAGUGUUGUGCCGCUUCUGUGUACAUAUACGGGUACACCGGCCUGCCUGCCAACCGACUGUGAAUCGAUCCUGCUGGUACAGUGAUUAGAUCAGAAGACCUUGGCACCUGCGUGUGCCACUUCUUUUAGAGGACCAGGGAUUUCUGAAUCCAGAAGAUGAACGGUCUGUCCAUACGAGAGCUAUGCUGCCUGUUCUGCUGUCCCCCUUGCCCCAGCCGUAUUGCAGCCAAACUGGCGUUCCUCCCUCCAGAGCCCACCUACGCCCUUCUCCCUGACCCAGAUCCAGCUGCUGGAGCUGGAACUGCUUCUGGGUCCGGGGCUACUCAGCCUUCUCUUGGAGCACCAGGACUGCGUUCCCGGCUGAGCACUGGUAGUGGAGCUGACAAAGGAGGAGGAGGUGGUGGUGCUGGAGGUGGGGCUGGUGGAGGUGUAGGAGGUGGAGGUGGUGGAGGUGGUGGAGGAGGAGGAGGAACAGCAGCACCAGCAGCAGCAGCAGCAGCAGCAGGUGGAGGAGGUGGCGGCAGCGCCAGCGGCAGUGGUUGGAGUGAGGGCAAGUGGAAGCUUCAUCUUACAGAGAGAGCGGAGUUCCAGUAUUCACAGAGAGAGCUGGAUCUGACUGAUGUAUUCCUGACCAGAUCUAGCCGAGGGAACAGGGUGGGGUGCAUGUACAUCCGCUGUGCCCCCAAUGCCAGGUUCACCGUGUUGUUCUCCCACGGCAAUGCAGUAGAUCUGGGCCAGAUGAGCAGCUUCUACAUCGGCUUAGGCACGCGCAUCAACUGCAACAUCUUUUCCUAUGAUUACUCAGGCUACGGCGUUAGCACUGGCAAGCCCUCCGAGAAGAACCUAUAUGCUGACAUUGAUGCUGCCUGGCACGCCCUGCGCUCCCGGUAUGGCAUCAGUCCUGAGAAUAUCAUCCUGUACGGGCAGAGCAUCGGCACGGUGCCCACAGUAGACUUGGCAUCCCGGUUUGAGUGUGCUGCUGUGGUCCUCCACUCUCCCCUCACCUCUGGGAUGAGAGUGGCUUUCCCCGACACUAAGAAAACAUACUGCUUUGAUGCCUUCCCUAACAUAGAGAAAGUGUCAAAGAUCCCAUCUCCAGUGCUCAUCAUCCACGGUACGGAGGACGAGGUGAUCGACUUCUCUCACGGCCUGGCUCUGUUCGAGCGCUGUCCCAAAGCCGUGGAGCCCCUCUGGGUGGAGGGAGCCGGUCACAACGACAUUGAGCUUUACAGUCAGUACCUUGAGAGGCUACGGCGCUUCAUCAACCAGGACCUGGCUGCACAGCAUGCCUGAGAAACAAACAACGGCCUCUCUGCGUUUGUAUGAAUGACACUGUGUGUGUGUGUGUGUGUGUGUGUGUGUGUGUGUGUGUGUGUGUGUGGGGGUGGGUGGGUGGGUGGGUGGGUGUGUUUGUGCGCGUGACUGAGCGAGAACGUCAGCAUGUUUGCAAAGUACGUGUGAGUGAUUGACCUAAAACGAUUUGUGAUUAUUUUUAAUCACAUCUGUGUGUCUUUGAAGCAGCACACCCGUAUGGUUUUUAAUAUCAGUAGCUGUGUCCAUCUGCCGGGUGGAGUGUGGAGAAAAACGCUAAAAACAAAAGCUGAGAUCAAAUAAUUUCACAAAUCCGUUUUUUAACGUGAGGAUAUUUAUGAACUGCAGCGUUGAAAUAUGUCACUAACAUAACUUAAGAAGUAUCCAAAAAAAGCACACAGAUGUCAUUUUUUUUUUUUUUUUAAGUAUGGCGUGUUCGUGAAUGCAUGGGUCGUGCAUGAAAGUGUCGCGUGUAUAUUCAUAUCUCCAUGAACAUGCGUGCCCAUGUGUGUGUGAGGCAGUGCUGAAAGAAAUGAAGGACAUCCUGAUGACUUGGACAUCUGCAAGUGGAGGACGCUAAUUGAAACUUAUCAUUGAUGUUUUUUUCUUUUUGUGAGUGUAUUUAUGAAGAAUACCUCCACAGCUUGACUAGUUCUCUCUCCAGGGGACAAACGCUGGUCGAGCAUGUGCCCACCCACUCCUCCUUUACUUCCUGUUUACCUGUUAACGGACAUCCCUCUGACUGCCAGGGCAUUUCCCAAGUUGUUGUCCAGCUAACACUAACCUACUUUAUCUGUGUGGUUUGGGGGUCCAUCUCCUUGCCUUUUUGGUGGUUACAUAAGGACUAGUCUGGAAUAUUGUGAUAGCUUGUAUGGCUGCUGGGCGUCUCAUACUCUCCCUCAUUUUAGACUCUGAAAAGAUUGCAGAAUGGCUAGCUUCCACUUUAUUUCCUGGCUGUGCUGUAGCUUUAGCCUUUACCUGUCCACAGAAUUGCAGCAGCAACUUACAGGCAAUUAUUUUGAUCCCCCUUCAUUGCUUUUCUCCAACCAGUCCUACAUAUUUAUGAUAAAGAAUGACGGUGGGCUUGAAAUGAAACUUCGAUAGUGACACAGAGUAUAUCUCUUGUGUAUGUGGACAUUUCUUUGGCAUUAAAAGAAUAGCUAUAGAAGUGCAGGAUUACUUAGUAAUUCUUAUGUCACAUUGGAUCAGUUGGCUCUAACAGAAGGCUGUUGCUCUUCAGUAUUUACUGACGUGCGACGUUUAAAGGUUGGGCAGACUGCACUGACUUGGUAACGGCAGGAUUAAAUCAGAUUCAAAGGUGUUGUUUGACAUUUAGGCAAAUAUGCUCAUUCGCUUUUUUGCUGAGUUACACGAGAAGCUUUAUGCUGAUGAACUUGUAGUCUGACAGCACAGUUUGUGUUACAAGUCUUGUUCCAGUAGCUCUCAUCACAAGGGUUAGUCAGCCUCUUGUUCAUAUGCACAUUUAUUUUUUAAGUGUUUUUGUUUUUUUUCUUUUGUCUUGAUGUAAUUAAUCCAAACGUGUUUGUCAUAGUGUGGGGGCCAUGGGUUGUUCGUUUCAGAGCCAUGCGUGUCGAUGUCAUGACCAACGCAUCAGAUCGGGUGUCAGGACGGGACAUCAUGCCUACUAUAGCUGUUUCUAACCUCUGUGGCCCUAAAUGUACAGGAGCUCUCUUAUGGGUGGCAGCACGCUUCAUGUCUGACACAAGCCAUAUUUGAGCCUCUCACUGUUGGUGUGGUGCAGGUUCCACCACACACACACACACACACACACACACACAUUAUCACACUUACAAACACACAUAAUAUAUGUACUGUAGAAUACAGUAUAUUGACACAUUUAUAUAUAUCAGAUCAAGCAUGACAAAAGCAGGUCUUAAGUUCAGCACUAUUGUACAAAGCAUCCAAAGUGUAAUAAGGGUAUAAAAUGUAAGUUUGUGUGUCUUCAUUAUUAUUGACCAGCAUUAAGAAUACUAACAUCACAUUUGAAUAUCUAGCAACAGGCCCCCGUGUGUAGACCUGAACAAGUCCAAGAACUGAUUUCAUGGUUGCAGGCUAGCACCACAUUUCAGAUCUACACAAGACACAUGCUGCAUAAGAGACCCGUCAGUUUCAGUGAUAGUAGCUGCGUUUUUUUUUGUUUUUUUAAGGGAACAUGUACUGAACUAGCACUGAUCUGAUUACUCCAUUGUGGGAGUACAAGUGGGUACCCUGUCAUCACUUCAAAACAGGGAGUCUUUCCUUUCUCAUCCUGUGCUUUGUGUCUCUGAUAUUUAUGUAAUGGAAAGCUGUUACCGUCUUGGACCAGGGGUCCGAGCUGAUAGAAGAAUUAGAGAGAGUUAUCAGCUCUCUGUGGAAGUAGAAGUAGGCCUCAGUUUUCUUUCCUGGACUUGUCGUGUUAUCAGGGAAACCACUGGAUCCACCUUUCAUUCAUUGGGCUUAAGAAACGGGGCGGAGACUUGCCGUUUUAUUGAUGCACCACUAUGGUUGACUUAUAUUGAAUCCUCUGGCCCUGAAUGUGUAUUGAUGGGGGUAGGGGGGGUUGAACAGUGAAAACUGUAUGCAUGUCUAUUGUGUUUUGCAAAGCAAGUGAUGGGGUGGGACGUUAUCUCUAUUAUGUAUUCUAUGUGAGGAUAAACCUGAACUCAAGGCAUUGGAACAUUGAAGCGCUUUUGAAGAAAAACAAAAAAAACGGGACGUUUAUUUGAAUUUUUUAAAAUGCUGAUACUAACUGAUGUAUUGUUAUGAGUUUUGUGCUAGAGUUUGAGCGGGGCAGUGUUGGGUGGGUGGGGGGCUAGACUAUACUAGUGGGCUGUUUAUAUGGUUACUGUACUUACCUAUUCUAUUCUUUGUAUUAUGAUUUGUAAUUUUAUGUUGCUUUUUUGAACUGAGAAUAUGAUGUAAUGAAUUAUUCAUGGGACUGAAUCUUGACCUUUUUAUGGACAACAAAAUAAUAAAAAAAGAUCACUUAUGUACAAAAAUGUGACACUGACUUGUUUUUAAAAUAACCGUUGUAUGUUUUGUACAUUGCUCAAGUUAAUAUGAAUGGAGAUCUGGAAGAUAGUGAUACAACAAUUGCAAUAUUUAUAUGUACAUAAUGAUUUAC